AUGACUUCAACCCCGAGUGACACAGCUCGGACCGACGUUCUUAUCGUCGGGGCCGGUCCGGCAGGAUUAAUAGCCGCCGCAUGGAUGGCUCAGAUGGGUGUGCAGACAAUGCUAAUUGACCAAAAGUCACAUCAGACGCAAUGCGGCCGCGCCGACGGACUGGAAAGCCGAACGUUGGAGAUCCUGGACAGCUUUGGCCUUGCGGACCGAGUCUGGGCGGAAGCAAACCAUACGGUAGAAAUUGCAUUAUGGGGCGUCACGGUCGACGGAAAGCUCCAGAGGCAGAGCGUCACUGCAAACUCCAAGCCCGGAUGGUCGCGAUUCCAUGAAUCCACCCUGGGCCAAUCCAAAGUGGAGGAAUAUCUCAUGGAAUAUGUCCGUGGCCGGGGGUGCGUCGACGUGAAACGAGAGACGGCUCCAACUUCUUUAGAGAUCGACGACGGGGUCAUCGAUGACCAUAGCACGUUUCCGAUCCGCAUGCAUUUGGAAAAUGUGGCUUUUAGACCGAAGUCCCAUUUCGAUGGCAUAAAGACCCCCGGCAGUGAUACGAGCAGCGAGCCUCAUUCGGAUGACUCCGGAUAUGUAGGGAUGGACACCGUGGUCGAAGCCAAAUACCUCGUGGGAUGUGACGGCGCACACAGCUGGGUUAGGAAACAACUCGGGCUCCGUCUCGAGGGGGAAAGCUCGAAUGACUCUUGGGGAGUUCUGGAUAUUAUCCCCCUCACGAACUUCCCCGACAUACGGAAACGGUUCAUCGUGAAGUCAAAACACGGAACUCUCAUGAUGAUACCGCGGGAAAGAAAGCUCGUCCGCGUCUAUGUUGAGCUGCCCGACGAUGUAGCCAUGCGAUACAGAGAAGAGCAGGACGGCGAGAUCCUCAUGAGCCAGGUCGAGCAGAUCAUGCAGCCGUAUAUAAUGAAGACGAAGCAUAUCGACUGGUUUACGAUUUACACGGUUGGACAGCGAGUCUGUCGAAAAAUCGGGUUGCGGAACCGUAUCUUCCUUGCCGGUGAUGCGAUUCACACGCAUUCGCCCAAGGCAGGCCAAGGAAUGAACGUAAGCAUGCAAGAUACGUUCAAUCUGGGCUGGAAACUCGCUUCAGUCGUCCAAGGCAUCUUGCCCCCACGGAUCCUCGAGACUUACCAACAGGAGAGGCUACCUGUGGCCGAAAGAUUGAUCGCACUGGACAAGCGGAUUUGCCGUGGAAUGUGCAGUGGCAGGGGGGCGGACGGCGAAACAUUCCACGGUUCCUUCGACGAGGACCACAAGCGAGCGCUGGAGGAAGAGAACUCGUCCGCCUCAGGUCUCGCUGUUGUUUAUCGGCCGAAUGUGCUGGUGACAUCUGGCAUGACGGGGCCGGAACCAGCAAAUGACGGCGGCAGCAAGCCCCGUCAGGCGACAAACCUCCGGGUAGGGGCGCGCAUUCCAAGUAUGCUGAUCAUUAACCAGAGUGACGCGCAACCAUGCCAUUUGCAGCGUAUCCUGCCCAGCACGGGGGAAUGGAGCCUGAUCAUAUUCGGUAGUGACAUUGCAGAUCCGAGCCAGAAGCAACGUCUCAGUCACCUGGAAGUAACCCUCGGCCACCCCGAGUCUAUGAUCCAGAAACUGAACACUCACGCAAGCACGAUGAGGCGUGGCUCUGCGUUCGUCAGAAUAUAUCUGAUCCACUGUGCGGAAAGACUUGGUAUCGAGCUUCACGAUCUGCCCACGGUCUUCCGGCCGUGGACGGAAGACAAUGGGAUGGAUUACAGUAGGGUAUGGGUGGACGAGGAAGCAUACCACCACGCUGGCGGAGGUCAAUUGUAUAACUCCUUCGGAAUUGGGCGGGAGGGUUGCAUGGUAUUAUUGAGACCAGAUCAGCAUCUGUCGUUUCUAUCGGACAUGGAUGAUGUUAAGGGGUUGGAACGCUUUUUGAUGUCCAUCACGCCCGAGGAAUCUCGUACUCCAGUAAGAUGUUAG